AUGGAAAAACUGAUUCACCCGAUGUCUUAUAGUCUUUUAACUUUGAGAAAACUUCGAUAUAAACUUCAUCCAUUGCGAUUAUUCAAACUUUUUCUGUUUAUUGGAUUUUUAAUCAUUCUAUUCUUACUACUGGGCACCACAGCUUUUAAGCACAAGGAGCUCAUUAUUGAAACGCCGAAAGAGAUAGUGAUUCUGCAGAAAACACAUGCUUUUGUGCAUUCUGCUUAUUUCUAUCCCGUUUCUAAAUCAUUGGGUAACAAUGCAAUUGCGAUAGUGACAACUAUGAAUAAACGAACCGUCGAUCCGAUCACAGACUACACAAUUAAAGUUCAUGGAAGUUAUAUGAGAAAACGGAUGACCAAUGUGGCCACUUUGACGACCGAACAUCUCCUCAACGAUCGAUGUGACUAUUCUCAAGUGCUGAUUCAAUCCAAUUUGUUUCCAGGAAUGAAUAAAUUGGAAAUUGAGUCUGAGGGAGUUUUGACAGAGAUCCCAUUCAAAAUGCCAAAAUACUCCGCACCAAAACCCGUCGUCUUUUGUGUUUCUCCACAAUUUGCAGCUGAGCAAUGGCAGACAUUUUUGACUCAAUUGCACAUUUCCAAGAGAUAUGGUGCUCACUUACAACUCUACAUUGUCUCGAUGGUUGAAUCCUAUUAUAAACUAAUCAAAGAAUACGAAAAACUGGGUCUCGUCUCAAUCGAACCAUGGCUAACCAUCAAGUUUCCCGUGACUGAUGGCCCGUAUUUGGAGCCAAAUCGAAAUGUGGAGCUCCGAAAUCAAGCAGCAGCUCACACAGAUUGUAUUCUCAUGUAUAAGGAAGCAGUUAGCUUUGUUGGGAUUCUAGACAUGGAUGAUAUUUUAAUUCCAAAUAAUGCGAAUUCCUAUUACGAGGAAUUCGAAAGAGAGUACGGUGGUAGUUGGUUCAUUAGUGCACUUCAAUACGGAAAAGCGGACUUUGAAACUAUCAAAGUGGCGAGUCUCGAGGAUCAAAGUAUAACUGCGAUUGUUAAGAAUGCUCGGAGGUUGCCAACGAAAGACCAAGGAAAAUCAUUCGUUCGUCCGGAGAGAUUCAAUUCUUCGUGGUCCCAUUAUUCAAGAAAUUCGGAUGAUAAGCCAAUGUACUGGACACCAAAGCAAUCGGUUCCGUUGAUGAUGAGAAGAAAAGCGAUGAGAUCAAAUAAUAUUUUCCACUUGAAGAAUAUGUUUUUGAAGAAUUUAACGGAGGUGAAGGAUGGAGCUGUUCCUUUGAAUCCCGGGGAUAAUAUUACGCAAUUGAUCAGUGAGGACCAUUUGGCCGAAAUUGACGCCGAGAUGAAGAGCAUUCUUGCCCUGGAACCCAUCGCCGAACUCUCCAAAACCCUUCCCAAAGACGAUUACUACAUGCCAAUUAUUUUCAAAUGCUACAACGACUCGUUCUACCAUCUUCGUGAUACUCACACUCUUAUGAACGACGUCACAUGUGUGAAUGCCUUUGAUUGUGAACUUCCUCAGCGAGCAGAUAUGCCAUGUGUCCAUUCAGAUGCCACGUACCACUCCGGACCUUCAAUGUUCCCUAUCACAUUCCAUUGGGCUACUGACGCUCUCUUCACUAAUGAAAUCGGGUGUUAUCAGUAG